AACUUAUCGAUGUAAUAUAAAAGAGAUUGCAGGACUUGCAAGACAACACAAUAAAUCGAAAAAAGAAUUAAAAAAAUGCUACUGGUGGCUUUUCUAUGCAUCACCUUUCUUUGGCUUUCCUUUCGGUGGUGGAGGAAUAAAAGCUCUGUGAUUAUCAAUUGGCCCGUGGUUGGAAUGUUGCCGGGGCUGUUUCGCAAUUCAUCUCGAGUCCACGAGUUUGUAACCUAUCUGCUUCAACAGCGUGGCGGCACAUUUGUUUUCAAAGGGCCUUGGUUUGGUGGUCUUGACUUUCUGGUGACCAGUAAUCCGGCGAAUGUUCACCACAUUUUAAGAAAAAAAGCCUUCAAUUAUCACAAGGGCCUUGAGUUGAAGGAGAUUUUUGCUGAAAGUUUUGGUAAUGGAAUUUUUUGUGCUGAUGGAGAUCGGUGGAAAACCCAAAGGAGAACAAUUCACUCUUUUAUAAAAAAUAGCAAGUUUGAGGAAGCUGUAGAGCGAAACAUUCAACGAAAAGUCUUGCAUGGAAUAUUUGUAAUUCUUGAGCAUUUCUCAGAACAAAGAAAAGAAGUAGACAUGCAAGAUGUGUUGAAGCGAUUCAUGUUUGACUAUAGCUGCCUACUGUUGUUGGGAUUUGAUCCGAAUUCUCUUUCAAUUGAAUUCCCUCAAGUUCCAUACAUGCAAGCUUAUUAUGAUAUGGAGGAGAUUAUACUUCAACGACAUCUUAAGCCACAAAGGCUUUGGAAGCUACAAAACUGGCUUCAAUUUGGGGAAGAGAGGAAGAUGAAAAACAGUUCGGAGAUCUUCGAUCGCUUACUGUACCAGUGCAUUUCAAGAAAAAAAGAUUUAUUAAACAGAAGCAAAAUCCAAAUGGACAGAGAGGAUUUCGACUUCUUGACAUUCAUGUUAGUUGAAGAUAAUGAUCAAGAAGAAAGGGAAAUGAGUGCCUUCAAAAACUCGGAGAAAUAUGCAAGAGACAUGGCGUUUAACCUCUUAUCAGCUGGAAGUGAGGCCGUAAGUUCCGGUCUUACUUGGUUUCUUUGGCUUGUGGCAACUCACCCACUGGUAGAAAAGAGUAUUUUAGAAGAGAUCAAAACAAACUUAAAUGCAAAAGGAGAUGAGAAGGGGAGGUAUUUCAGUUUUGGAGAGCUAUCUGAGCUAAAUUAUCUCCAAGCAGCUAUAUGCGAGUCCCUCCGACUCUAUCCACCCGUACCUUUCGAGCACACAGUUUCGAUUGACUCGGACGCUCUUCCAAGCGGGCAUCGAAUCGGCAAAAAUACACGGGUUAUUUAUUGUCCUUACUCAAUGGGAAGGAUGGAAGAGAUAUGGGGUGAAGAUUGCCUGGAAUUCAAGCCAGAGAGGUGGAUUUCAAACACGGGAGAAAUCAAACAUGUCUCGCCCUACAAGUUCAUAGCAUUUAAUGCAGGGCCAAGAACCUGUAUCGGCAAGGACUUGGCCUUGGUGGAAAUGAAAGCUGUUGGCGCCGCCGUGAUAUGGAAUUAUAGCUUGAAAGUGGUUGAAGAUCAUCCUAUUUUACCAGCUAAUGCUAUAAUCCUUCAUAUGAAACAUGGCUUGAUGGUUAGAGUAUUGAAGAGAUGUCUUUCCUAGAAGAGUUGGAAGGAUACCAAACCCAGGCCACAGCCAUCCAUGUCCCGGAACAGCACUGCCCCUGUUUAUUGUAUUUUUCUUAUCCUUCACUUUGUGAAAAUAACUAGUUUGAUCUUCCACCCUGUCCAAAGGGUAAAAGUUCAAACUAAUUUCGAAAAUAAUAAAAGAAGGUGUUAAUAUUAUAAAUUCCUU